AUGUGUCGGGUCAGAUUUAGUAGUAUAGGAGAACAUGUAGAAAAUGGGCUGCCCAACUCUGAACUGGUGGGAGUAAAGGGGUUACGGAGAGAAGACCUUAAAUCGGUAAGGAAGCUGGGUCGCCUCAUAGCCAGAUGUCCUGAAGAAGGUAGCUGCGGUGGACUACAUGCGAAAGACGUAAUACUGGUUCUAUGGCAAAUGGGUGAAACUUUCGUCUAG